AUGCCAAUCACAGGGGUUUACUUCGUCCCAUCCAACCCUAAUGCCUCAACAGCCCUACCCCAAAUAACAGAGCGUCUGCGGAGUUCCUUCCCAGACGAAGAAUUAACCCCAGUCGGGCGCUGGGGAUUGGAACAAAAGCUACUCCGCGACACACCGGGUCUCAUUCCCCCUCAGAAUGCCAAACCGCCUAUCCCCCGGUACAUGCAAUUUCUGUCAUUGUCGCAUUACCCGACCCAUGGCUUUGUCUACACUUCCGAGCCAGAGAAGCAACCUCCAACAGACCAGCCUUUACCAAUGGUGAUGACAAGCGUGCCACCUCCGGCUUUCGCCACGCUCUUCCAGCAUUUCACGUACGCGUGCCAACCCCUUUGGACUCAUCGACUGACCCUGGCUGUACCGAACGGGGUGGUCUACGACGUGGGCGAUUUCAGAGUGCGUCUGGGAGAUGUUCGGCAGACGUUCCCGACUGCUCGGGUGCGUGGAACGGUGGUGGAAAUUGAGUGGAGGGGGCCCUCGAUUGUGGAGGGGGAGUUUGCAGGAAUCCAGGAGGAAGAUGUGGAUGCUGAAUAUGCCGCGACAGCGGAAUUGAUCAGAGAGUUUUGGGGGAAGUUAGGAAUUCAGGGACGCGAAGCGAUUCUGGUCCCCGGUGUUGGGAGCGAGGUCAAGGAGAGAUUAAAGGGGAAUGGAAAAGAGGAUUCUGCUGGAACGGACGUUGCCAGGCAGUUUAUGGAGGUUCUGAGGUUUAACCGGUGA